GUAGCCAAUCAUAUCGCAUUGGAGGGAUGGAAUUUUACUGUACAGGAAAUCAGAUGAAUUCUUCUUUGACUUACAUUUCUCUACCGAAAUCUUAAAAAAACACUAUUUGGCUAUAUCACGUCAUUUAGCGUUCCGAAUAUACAGUAUGCGCUCUAUUUUUCUCUCGGAAUAUGGCAUUUUAACAUGGGAUUAUUGACUAGACGUCAUUGUUAGAUAAUCAGGAAGUAUAGACAGUAACCCGAUCAAGAAUGUGAUAACCUGCUUCCGUCAACAUCUAAAAUUUGCAAAAAUGUGUUCAUUGAAAGACAACAUUCGGCGCAUACGGCCAGCUUCCGAUGGGCUGAUAUUGGAAUUGAAAUCCGCCCACCCUCCAUCGCUGGAGGGGCGCGCUGGCUGCGAGACGUGGAGCGUUGAUUUCUCUCCAGAUGGAUCCUGGUUUGCAUGGUCCAUGGGACACGGGAUUGUGUGGGUGAUUGCCUGGCCGCUUCGGCAUGAUAAGGUCAAUAGGGUUGAGAUUGCCCUAGAGAGCAACAGACAGGACAAGACCCUGAACUGUGGUCAGACAGUGUGGGGGCUGGCGUUUGGACCACGUCCAUCAAAGACACCAGCACCUGGAGAAAAAGCAGCAUCCCGUGAGAGAGAAUCAUCCAGACUGCUUCUGGCAACUGGCUUAGAGAAUGGAGUGAUCAAGAUAUGGGAUGUUGAAACUGGUCAGCCUCGGUUUGACCUCAAAGGACAUGAGGGUAUUGCAAGGGACCUGGUCUUCACUCCCAAUGAAAAGCUCACCCUUGUAUCAUCCUCUCGAGACAAAACCUUAAGGAUAUGGGAUCUAACCCAGAAAGGUGAAAAGGAGCCACAUGUCUUCUCUGGCCACAAGGACUGGGUCAGCUGCUGUAGUGUCUCACCAGACUGCAGCAUGAUCGCAUCGGUCGGCAGGUUUGACAGAAUGGUGUGUCUAUGGAGCCUGCGGUCAUACACUUUCAUCAGGAACUUAACGGGGAUCAACCACAAGACAUUCUACCUGUUAGCUUCCUGUGACUUCUCUCCCGAUGGGGCACUGCUUGCCACUGCAGCCUUCAGUGGUUCCCGUUGGUGGAUCGAUCUGUGGGAUCCCUACACUGCACAGAAAUUGUCUUCUCUAAUGGAUUGCUCUGAGAUGUAUGGACAGAACCAAAUCUCAUCAUUGAGAUUCUCCCCCGAGGGUUUGCAACUGGCCAUUGUUACUGAAGACAGAGCCCUCCAGAUGUGGGAGCCAGGACAGAGGGGUAUGGUGAUGCAGACCAAGGAGGACCGUACCUCCAAUGGGCUGUGCUGCAACUUCCAUCCACAAGGGGGAGUCGUAGCCACAGGGACCAGAGAUGGCCACGUGAGGUUUUGGAUGGUUCCCAGGUCAGUGCCCAGUCUGUGCCACCUGUGCCGCUCCGUCCUGCGCCACUCAGUCUCCACACACCAGGUGGAGGCCCUCCCCAUACCACGCAGGAUCCUGGAGUUCCUCACCUACAGAGACAUCCCGGACCACUCAGAAGCACGAUCUGACCGCUCCUCGGAUGAGGAGGAAUAGUGACUUUUGGAAUGGGUGGAGGGAAUGUUUCUGGACUCCAUUUGUAAUGCAUUUGAGUUGAUGGAUGCAUUGACUGGCUAAUGAUGGAACAGUCAAAGGAGGAGAGCUUAUUAUUUGCCUCGUUUACAAAUGCAUAAAGAGUUGGUGGGAAUGUUGUCAGACUGAAAUGAUGGGACUUUUUAGGACCUUGAGUGGAGUGGAUACUUUGUGGUUUACACAAAAUCAGUCAUGUCUGAUCAGCUAUUUGUCCAAGGAAAUCUCUCAGGAUGUCAAAAUGGAAAUUCACCUGGAUGCAAUUAGCUAGUGAUUAUACAGAUGAACUUAACAAAUUUACAUAAAUUGCACCAAAAAAAUGGAAGUUACUAGAUCUAUAUUUUGUGCUACGGAUAUAUUAUAGUAUGUAAAGUGACAUUUGUGUAAUUUUGCUGAGAGUAAAUAUACAUUUUGUAGUGUAAAUUGGUCUAUUAAAUCAUAAUUCCAUGACAGUCUAAAAAAAUACACUAAUUACAAUUUUAUUAAACACAAAUUAAACUUAAUGGACAUAAAGGAAUAUUGAGCAAACGGGGACAACACAAGUGUGUCUUUAUGACGUUAGUCUCAAGAGUUCUCUCCCCUGUCGCUUUCGUUGAUAAAUGUUAUAUUUUAGUGAACAGGGUACGCAGGCCUUUUGUCCCAGCUCAACACUAACACACCUGACUCAAGUAACCAUGGUCUCGAACAGCAAUGUAUUAAUUGUAUCAGGUGUGUUAAAGAUGGGCUGGAACAAAAUCAUGCGUAGCUCUCCAAGAACUUGGUAGGUGACCAAUGUGUACUAGAUCAGGGGUUCCUAAACUUUUUCACUCAGGCCCCCCUUCCAGCAAUGGGGAACAUCCGCCCCCUCCCGCGUUUCCGCCACGACUAGUUCUGUGGGCACAAGCACUGUUCAUGACACAAACUGUUCACACCCCUCUUGUUGGAGAGAACAUGUGGCAAGUUUAAAGCUUUUUUUCCUGCAAUUCAAACUUUUUGUGAAGGGGUGCAGAGAAAAUGUUGCUGUUUUCAAUGAUUUUCUUGGAAUUCAAUAAAAUGUUGCCAUGUC